AUGACGAGCAAGCAAGCAGUCACCUCGCUAUAUCGGCGAAGCCUCAAGCUCGCUCUCGAUUGGGCCGUCCAUCGUUACAUCUGGCGCGGUCAGGCGCAAUACAUCCGAUCUCUUUUUGAUGCCAAUAGAGAUGUGCGAGAGCCGCGUCAGCAGCGAGUACUGUUUCAGGAGGCAGAGGCAUUGCUGGAGAAAUGGAAGCACCCCGACCCGUAUAGACCCCCUACAGCUCCCGGCGGUUCAAAAUACGAGAGAAACAUUCCACCACCAAUCCUAGACCCUCCUCCUCAUAUGACUCUGUAG